CUAUCUUUCCACUCCACACACACCCAUCCAAAUUCUCAAACCCUCUCUCUCUCUCUCUUCAUUAUUCAUUACAGUCAGUAGCAGUAGUUCUGAGUUCUGACAGUACUGCUAGUAUCAGCAUAACAACAAUGGCUAAAUUGGGUGCUCUUCUUUUCCUUGUGUUCUUGUCUCUCACUGCAGGGAAUCUGAUGAUGGUGAAUGGGCAGAAAACAUGGUGUGUUGCAAAACCUUCAUCAGACCAAGCUACCCUUUUGUCCAACAUCAACUAUGCUUGCGCUCACGUGGAUUGCCAGAUUAUGCAGAGAGGAUGCCCCUGUUCUAGCCCUGACAGUCUCAUCAACCGUGCCUCCAUAGCCAUGAAUAUCUAUUAUCAGUCCAAGGGAAGAAACCACUGGAACUGUGAUUUCAGAGCCUCUGGCCUUGUUGUUGUCACCGAUCCCAGUUAUGGUAACUGCAUUUAUGCUUAGAAGUGGAAAAGUGGAGAGCAUAAAUACACUAAAUAGUAUAUCUGCUUCUAUGUAAGGCAAAAUGUGGCGUUGCAUUUGUGUUACUGUAAUCUUUUGAUGUGUGUAAUGUAUCUGAUCAGGUUGCAAAUUUCAACCUGUGAAUAAAGGCAUAAAAAAGAAAAGGAAAAAUUUCUUUAAAUUAAAUUUAGCUAUAUUUCAACCCAUUUUUAUUUAUGAAUCACUGGGCCAAAGACCCUGCAGUUACGAAAGAUCAUUUCAAUUUGAACUUGCUUCUUCAAAGACCCAAAGUUGAACUUGCUUCUUCAUAUAUGUACCUAUUGAACAUGUUUAUUAAAGACACCUUAGUAUGCUCCAA